GCGCGCCGGGAGGAGGGGGGACGCAGGGGGCGGAGCGGAGACAGCACCUUCGGAGAUAAUCUUUUCUCCUGCCGCAGAGCAGAGGAGCGGCGGGCUGAGGCGUGCCAUCGGCAACAUCGAGCUGGGGAUCCGAUCAUGGGACACAAACCUGAUUGAAUGCAACUUGGACCAAGAACUCAAACUUUUCGUAUCUCGACACUCUGCAAGAUUCUCUCCUGAAGUUCCAGGACAAAAGAUCCUUCAUCACCGAAGUGACGUCUUGGAAACAGUAGUCCUAAUCAACCCUUCGGAUGAAGCAGUCAGCACUGAGGUGCGCUUGAUGAUCACUGACGCAGCCCGCCAUAAACUGCUGGUGCUUACAGGACAGUGCUUUGAGAACACUGGAGAGCUCAUUCUCCAGUCAGGCUCUUUCUCCUUCCAGAACUUCAUAGAGAUUUUCACGGAUCAAGAGAUUGGGGAGCUCCUGAGCACCACCCACCCUGCCAACAAAGCCAGCCUCACCCUCUUCUGCCCGGAGGAGGGAGACUGGAAGAACUCCAACCUUGACAGACACAAUCUCCAAGACUUCAUCAACAUUAAGCUCAACUCAGCUUCUAUCUUGCCAGAAAUGGAGGGACUUUCUGAGUUUACGGAGUAUCUCUCGGAGUCCGUGGAAGUCCCUUCUCCCUUUGAUAUCCUGGAACCGCCGACCUCAGGCGGAUUUCUCAAGCUUUCCAAGCCCUGCUGUUACAUUUUCCCAGGGGGCCGGGGUGAUUCUGCCCUGUUUGCAGUGAAUGGAUUCAAUAUGCUCAUCAAUGGAGGAUCGGAAAGAAAAUCUUGCUUCUGGAAGCUCAUUCGGCACUUGGACCGUGUGGACUCCAUCCUGCUCACCCACAUUGGGGAUGACAAUUUGCCUGGCAUAAAUAGCAUGCUGCAGCGGAAGAUUGCAGAGCUGGAAGAGGAAAGGUCCCAGGGCUCCACCAGCAACAGUGACUGGAUGAAAAACCUCAUCUCCCCUGACUUGGGGGUUGUGUUUCUCAAUGUACCUGAAAAUCUGAAAAACCCAGAGCCCAACAUCAAGAUGAAGAGGAGCAUAGAAGAAGCAUGCUUCACCCUCCAAUAUCUGAACAAACUGUCCAUGAAACCAGAGCCUCUAUUUAGAAGCGUAGGCAAUACCAUUGAGCCUGUCAUCCUAUUCCAAAAAAUGGGAGUGGGCAAACUUGAGAUGUACGUGCUUAACCCAGUCAAGAGCAGCAAAGAAAUGCAAUAUUUUAUGCAACAGUGGACUGGCACCAACAAAGACAAGGCUGAACUAAUCCUGCCCAAUGGUCAAGAAGUAGAUAUCCCAAUUUCCUACUUAACUUCAGUCUCAUCUUUGAUUGUAUGGCAUCCAGCCAACCCGGCUGAGAAAAUCAUCCGAGUUCUGUUUCCCGGAAACAGCACCCAGUACAACAUCCUGGAAGGACUGGAAAAACUCAAGCACCUAGACUUCCUAAAGCAGCCAUUGGCCACCCAAAAAGAUCUCACUGGCCAGGUGCCCACCCCCACAGUGAAACAAGUCAAAUUGAAACAGAGGGCUGACAGCCGAGAAAGCCUGAAGCCAGCUACAAAACCACUUCCCAGUAAAUCAGUGAGGAAGGAGUCCAAAGAAGAAGCCCCUGAAGUCACAAAACCUAGCCAAGUGGAAAAAACACCCAAAGUUGAAAGCAAAGAGAAAGUAACAGUGAAAAAAGACAAGCCAAUAAAGACAGAAACCAAACCUUCAGUGACAGAAAAGGAGGUACCCAGCAAAGAGGAGCAGUCCCCUGUGAAAGCCGAGGUGGCUGAGAAGCAAGCCACUGAGAGCAAACCUAAAGUCACCAAAGAGAAAGUGGUGAAGAAAGAAAUAAAGGCAAAACCUGAAGAAAAGAAAGAGGAGAAGGAAAAGCCCAAGAGAGAAGUGGCUAAAAAGGAAGACAAAACACCACUCAAGAAAGAUGAGAAGCCAAAAAAGGAAGAGGUGAAAAAGGAGGUCAAAAAAGAAAUCAAAAAAGAGGAGAAAAAAGAGCUGAAGAAAGAGGUUAAGAAGGAGACACCCCUGAAGGAAGCCAAGAAGGAAGUGAAGAAAGAGGAAAAGAAAGAAGUUAAAAAGGAAGAGAAGGAACCCAAAAAGGAAAUUAAGAAGAUCUCCAAAGACAUAAAGAAAUCCACUCCUGUGUCAGAAACAAAAAAACCAGCUGCAUUAAAACCAAAAGUAGCGAAGAAAGAAGAGGCCACCAAGAAGGAGCCUGCUGCUGCUAGCAAGCUCAAGGACAAGGGCAAAGUUAAAGUCAUUAAGAAGGAAGGCAAGACAACAGAGGCAGCUGCCACAGCUGUUGGCACUGCGGCUACCACAGCUGCUGCAGUGGCAGCGGCUGGAAUAGUGGCCACUGGUCCUGCCAAAGAACUUGAAGCUGAGAGGUCCCUUAUGUCAUCCCCUGAGGAUCUAACCAAGGACUUUGAGGAGUUAAAGGCUGAGGAGAUUGAUGUGGCAAAGGACAUCAAACCUCAGCUGGAGCUCAUUGAAGAUGAAGAGAAACUGAAGGAAACCGAGUCCGUGGAAGCCUACGUCAUCCAGAAAGAGACAGAAGUCCUCAAAGGUUCUGCUGAGUCACCUGAUGAGGGGAUCACUACCACUGAAGGGGAAGGUGAAUGUGAGCAAACCCCCGAGGAGCUGGAGCCAGUUGAGAAGCAGGGAGUGGAUGACAUUGAGAAAUUUGAAGACGAGGGAGCUGGUUUUGAAGAAUCCUCAGAGACUGGAGACUAUGAAGAGAAGGCAGAAACUGAGGAGGCCGAGGAGCCAGAAGAGGAUGGGGAAGAUAAUGUGAGUGGGAGUGCCUCUAAGCACAGCCCCACAGAAGAUGAUGAAAGCGCAAAGGCUGAGGCAGAUGUGCACAUCAAGGAGAAGAGGGAGUCUGUGACGAGCGGUGAUGACCGGGCAGAAGAAGACAUGGAUGAAGCACUUGAGAAAGAGGAAGCUGAACAAUCUGAAGAGGAGGGUGAGGAGGAGGACAAGGCAGAGGAUGCCAGAGAGGAAGACUAUGAGCCUGAAAAACUUGAGGGUGAAGAUUAUGUGAUGGCUGUGGUUGACAAGGCCGCAGAGGCUGGUGUUGCUGAGGAGCAAUACGGGUUCCUGAGCACACCAACCAAGCAACCUGGAGCCCAGUCUCCUGGCCGAGAACCUGCAUCUUCAAUUCAUGAUGAGACUCUACCUGGAGGCUCCGAGAGUGAGGCCACGGCUUCCGAUGAGGAGAAUCGAGAAGACCAGCCGGAGGAAUUCACUGCCACCUCUGGAUAUACCCAGUCUACCAUUGAGAUAUCUAGUGAGCCUACUCCAAUGGAUGAGAUGUCUACUCCUCGUGAUGUGAUGAGUGAUGAGACCAACAAUGAGGAGACGGAGUCCCCAUCUCAGGAGUUCGUAAAUAUUACCAAAUAUGAAUCUUCGCUGUAUUCUCAGGAAUACUCCAAACCCAUCGUUGCAUCAUUCAAUGGCUUGUCGGAAGGGUCAAAAACAGAUGCCACUGAUGGCAAGGACUACAAUGCUUCUGCCUCCACCAUAUCACCACCUUCCUCCAUGGAAGAAGACAAAUUCAGCAAGUCUGCUCUGCGUGAUGCUUACUGCUCAGAAGAAAAAGAAGUGAAAGCCAGUGCUGCGUUGGACAUCAAAGAUGUCUCGGAUGAGAGACUUAGCCCAACCAAGAGUCCAUCCCUGAGUCCUUCUCCGCCAUCACCCAUAGAGAAGACUCCCCUGGGUGAACGCAGUGUGAAUUUCUCUCUGACCCCAAAUGAGAUUAAAGUCUCUGCAGAGGCAGACGUGACAUCAGUGUCUCCUGGAAUGACCCAAGCAGUAGUUGAAGAGCAUUGUGCCAGUCCUGAGGAGAAGACCCUGGAAGUAGUGUCACCAUCUCAGUCUGUGACUGGCAGUGCUGGCCACACACCUUACUACCAAUCUCCCACUGAUGAGAAGGCCAGUCACCUACCUACAGAAGCCACUGAGAAACCACAGGCAGUUCCAGUGAGUUUUGAAUUCAGUGAGGAGGCCAAAGAUGAGAAUGAGAGAGCUUCCAUAAGCCCCAUGGAUGAGCCUGUGCCAGACUCGGAGUCUCCUAUUGAGAAAGUUCUGUCUCCUCUACGUAGCCCUCCUCUUAUUGGAUCUGAGUCUGCCUAUGAAGACUUUCUCAGUGCUGAUGGCAAGGCUCUUGGCAGAGGUAUCAAAAGCCCCUUUGAAGGAAAGAAUGAAAAGCAAGGAGAAAGCCCGGUGUCUGAAGUGACUUCCACCGGUCUUUACCAAGAAGAACAGGAAGGGAAAAGCACGGGCUUCAUACCAAUAAGGGAAGACUUUGGUCCAGAAAAGAAAACCAAUGAGGUUGAAAUCAUGAGCUCUCAGUCAGCUCUGGCUUUGGAUGAAAGAAAAUUGGGAGGAGAUGUAUCUCCAACACAAAUAGAUGUCAGUCAGUUUGGCUCCUUCAAAGAAGACACCAAGAUGUCCAUUUCAGAAGGCACUGUCUCAGACAAAUCAGCCACUCCCGUGGAUGAGGGUGUGGCAGAAGAUACUUAUUCUCACAUGGAGGGCGUGGCCUCAGUCUCUACUGCCUCUGUGGCCACAAGCUCUUUUCCAGAGCCAACCACAGAUGACGUGUCUCCUUCUCUGCAUGCUGAAGUGGGCUCCCCACACUCCACAGAGGUAGAUGACUCCCUUUCAGUAUCUGUUGUGCAGACACCUACUACUUUCCAGGAAACAGAAAUGUCUCCAUCUAAAGAAGAGUGCCCAAGACCAAUGUCCAUUUCUCCUCCAGACUUCUCCCCUAAGACAGCCAAGUCCAGGACACCAGUUCAAGAUCACCGAUCUGAACAGUCUUCGAUGUCUAUUGAAUUUGGCCAGGAAUCCCCUGAGCACUCCCUUGCUAUGGACUUUAGCCGACAGUCUCCUGAUCACCCUACUGUGGGUGCGAGUAUGCUUCACAUCACUGAAAAUGGCCCAACUGAAGUGGACUAUAGUCCUUCUGAUAUCCAGGAUUCUAGUUUGUCACAUAAGAUCCCACCAAUGGAGGAACCAUCCUACACCCAAGAUAAUGAUCUGUCUGAGCUCAUCUCUGUGUCUCAGGUGGAGGCUUCCCCAUCCACCUCUUCUGCUCACACCCCUUCUCAGAUAGCCUCUCCUCUUCAGGAAGACACUCUGUCUGAUGUUGUUCCUCCCAGAGAUAUGUCCUUAUAUGCCUCACUCACUUCCGAGAAAGCUCAAAGUCUGGAAGGAGAGAAGCUCUCUCCAAAAUCCGAUAUUUCUCCACUCACCCCACGAGAGUCCUCACCUUUAUAUUCACCUGGCUUUUCAGAUUCAACUUCUGCAACCACAGAGAAUGCAGCAGGUCGACAAACCUCUUCCCCACCAAUGGAUGCCGCAUCUGCAGAGCCCUAUGGCUUCCGUGCCUCGAUGUUGUUUGACACAAUGCAACAUCAUCUGGCCUUGAAUAGAGACUUGACCACAUCUAGUGUGGAGAAGGAUAGUGGAGGGAAGACACCUGGUGACUUUAACUAUGCCUAUGAGAAGCCUGAGAAAACCACCAGAUCCCCAGAUGAAGAAGAUUAUGACUAUGAAUCAUAUGAGAAAACCUCCCGGGCCCCUGAUACUGAUGGUUAUUACUAUGAGAAGACGGAGAGAACCAUAAAAUCCCCAUGUGACAGUGGAUACUCCUAUGAGACCAUUGAGAAGACCAUCAAGCCCCAAGAAGACGGUGGCUAUGCCUGUGAGAUUACUGAGAAAACCACGAGGACCCCCGAAGAGGGUGGGUAUUCAUAUGAGAUCAGUGAGAAGACAACGCGGACCCCUGAGGUAGGUGGCUACACCUAUGAAAAGACGGAGAGAUCUCGAAGGCUCCUGGAUGACAUUAGCAAUGGCUAUGAUGACUCUGAGGAUGGUGGCCACACACUUGCAGACUGUAGCUACUCCUAUGAAACCACAGAGAAAAUUAGCAGUUUUCCUGAGUCUGAGAGCUAUUCCUAUGAGAUGUCUACAAAAACAACACGGAGCCCAGAUACCGCCACAUACUGCUAUGAGACCAUGGAGAAGAUCACCAAGACCCCACAGGCAUCCACAUACUCCUAUGAGACUUCAGAUCGAUGCUACACUCCAGAAAAGAGGUCCCCCUCAGAGGCACGCCAAGAUGUUGAUUUAUGUCUUGUGUCCUCCUGUGAAUACAAACAUCCCAAGACAGAGCUCUCACCUUCCUUCAUUAAUCCAAAUCCUCUCGAGUGGUUUGCUAGUGAAGAGUCCACUGAAGAUUCUGAGAAGCCCCUCGCUGAGUCCGGAGGAGCCCCUCCACCUUCAGGAGGAAAGCAACAGGGCCGACAAUGUGAUGAAACUCCACCCACCUCUGUCAGUGAGUCAGCCCCAUCCCAGACUGACUCUGAUGUCCCCCCAGAGACGGAAGAGUGCCCCUCCAUCACAGCUGAUGCCAACAUCGACUCUGAAGAUGAGUCAGAGACCAUCCCCACCGACAAAACUGUCACAUACAAACACAUGGACCCACCUCCAGCCCCCAUGCAAGACCGAAGCCCUUCUCCUCGCCACCCUGAUGUGUCCAUGGUGGACCCAGAGGCCUUGGCCAUUGAGCAGAACCUAGGCAAAGCUUUGAAGAAAGACCUGAAAGAGAAGACUAAGACCAAGAAACCAGGCACGAAGACCAAGUCCUCUUCUCCUGUGAAGAAGGCUGAUGGGAAGUCCAAGCCCUUGGCAGCGUCUCCUAAACCAGGAGCCUUGAAGGAAUCCUCUGACAAGGUGUCCAGAGUGGCUUCUCCAAAGAAGAAAGAAUCUGUGGAAAAGGCUACGAAGACCACCACCACUCCCGAGAUCAAAGCCACACGUGGGGAUGAGAAAGACAAGGAGACUAAGAAUGCUGCAAAUGCCUCCGCAUCCAAGUCAGCGAAAACCGCAACAGCAGGACCAGGAACCACUAAGACAGCCAAGUCAUCCACCGUGCCUCCAGGCCUCCCUGUGUAUUUGGACCUGUGCUAUAUUCCCAACCACAGCAAUAGUAAGAAUGUUGAUGUGGAAUUUUUCAAGAGAGUGAGGUCAUCUUACUAUGUGGUGAGUGGGAAUGACCCUGCUGCUGAGGAGCCCAGCCGGGCUGUCCUGGAUGCCUUGUUGGAAGGGAAGGCCCAGUGGGGAAGCAACAUGCAGGUGACUCUGAUCCCAACACAUGACUCAGAGGUGAUGAGGGAAUGGUACCAGGAGACCCAUGAGAAGCAGCAAGACCUCAACAUCAUGGUUUUAGCAAGCAGCAGUACAGUGGUCAUGCAAGACGAAUCCUUCCCUGCAUGCAAGAUAGAACUGUAGAAACCACAGCCGGCCACACCACAGGAUUUGAACUUUGUUUCCAGAAAUUCUUGAAUUUGAAACUACCUUUUCUAAAACGUCCAUUCAUCUAAUUAAGUCACUGAACAAUUACCUGCCAAAUGCUAUACUGUGUCAUGGUGAUGCAAGUCACUGAUAUUUCUCAAUUUUUGCUGAUCGCUAAGGGAAGUAACCAUAUUCCCACACUAGAAUUCAAGUUACUGCAAAAUUACCUACCCCUGUUCAUCUCUGCUGAACAUUUGGAAGCCAUGCACUCGCGCACCCAACUGACUUCUGCUAGGUAUUGGCAUUUGUCUUAGAGAGGGAAAGAGAGAGAAAGAGAGGCAGAGGGAGGGGAGGGAGAGAGCGGGGAGCGAGGGACAAAGAGAAUGCAGGAGAGAGAGGAUGAGAGAGAAAGAAUGAGAAAGAAAAAGAAUGCAAGAGAAGGAGAUGCAGUGGUGGAGAGUUCUGAUGUGAUGCCCAGGGAGAAAGAGUGGGCAGGAUGGGGUAUUCUGAAGACACCAGCAACUAGGUCUGCAUUUUCUCUGACAGCAGCUAUUGUGUGGUCUACACUGGUGAAGUUUUCCAUUUUCAUCAGAGUCAUCAGAAAGAGUCUUAAUCUCCUAAAGCAUGUUUCUAAAGAACAAAAAGAACGAAGCCUGUUAUGAGGGCAUGAGAUUUUUCACGCCUUAAUUAAAUGCCUUUACUCUAAAGGCUGCACAUGGCAUAAUGUAGCAAGUGUAGACUGGACAUGCGAGUGGCUUGAGCCCCAUUCAGAACUCUCCGGCUUUUCAAACACUAUGAGUAGGUUGAUCUAAGGCAUGCUCCCAGCGUCUGUCCACCCACUUAGUCCACACCAAGUCAACCUGCAUGCAGCAACAGCCACGUCCACCCCAAUUCACUGAAGCAAAUACCAAAGCAGUUGGGAGUAAAUAUGGGAGACAUUUUGCCUUAGGAAGUGACUUGAAUGUACAAAAAGACACUUGAUGCACUUAUUUUUUAAUGUGAGACAGCAAGUUUUUAAAACAUCCAUGUAGGAUUGUAGAUACUCCAGGUAGAGGAGCGUGUGGGGAGGGAAGGUACUGGAAGCUCAUGCGAUUGGUCCAACAGUUUAGUGCUGAGUCAUGCUUGUUGAAUACCACCAUUACUGAUGCACCUGUGGCCCCUCAGCCAAACACGUUGCGCCUCUUACAGCUUCUUUAACUACUUCAAGAUCGAAAAUGGCUUCUAUGAUCAGAACUGGGAAAACAGUGAACCUUAUGGUGGAAGAGGUUCCCAGCAAGUGUACAGUAUUUGCCUUCCUUUGUCUUGCUUUGGCUAUUUUAAUUUUCCACUCAUUUUAACACAGUGAUGGGAACACAUGUACAGAAGAUUUUUUUUUUAAAGAUACAUGAGAACUUUUCAUAGAUGAACUUUUUACCGAAUGUUUUCAUUUACAGGAAAAUGCAGAGAAAAAUUUCAAGUGAUGAUCUUUUUUUAUUUUAAGUGUUUCAUAACACAAAAAUUGAAGUUUUUUUUUUUUUUGAGGUUCUGGCAAGAUUUGAAGUCUGAUAUUGAAGUCAUUAUAUUUAUUACAAACCUAUAAGUACCAGAAAUGGUGAUACCUCCCACCCCUUGACUCUCAUAUCAUGGAAGUGUGAGCAGGUGCUGUCUGAGAGUGGGUGGAUAGCAGGGUAGGCUAUUGUUGAGGGCUUUAAGUGCAUCGUCACCCAGAGCUGUCCCAUCUCCUCUUUCCAAGAUUGUCCAUCAUAAGGUUAAAAGAGCCACGUCCGGAAGAACCCUCGCACCAGUUUGCUUGGGGGCUUUCUUUUCUGGAAAACAUUAAAUGAAAGAAAUAAUAGAUUGAAAACAAAUGAAUUCCCAACUCCUCCAUUCACCUUGUAGGGUUCAGACAUGAUGUCCAUCGCUGUCAUCCCUGAACCACAAAGCCGUGAAGCCAGAUCACAAGUCCCAAGUGGCUGAUUCAUGUAGCGGGGUUCAGAGGUGGCACCCUUCUCAGCAACAACUGUGCUGUGCUCUGUCACACUACAUUUCCUACAGACUCUUAAGAUCUACAGAGUAGUGAACAAUGACCUCAUUUUAUUUUCUAUGUUAGUUAUUUAUUUCAGAAUUUACAUUUUAGUUUAUUUUCGUCUGUGAAGUAUAUGUUUCGCACUGCUAUUUCCUCUGAGGGUUUAAACAAUGCUUCUCUAGGGUCCCCUCAUUGAGGACCCAUGCAGUCUACUUAAAGCUGUGAAUCACAUUUUCCAAAUGUUUAAUUUUUUAAAGAAAAUUAAUAUUCUAUUUUUGUUAGGCGUCUCUAGGAAUGCAGUUUUUAUUUAUUAUCCUUUUUCUUUCAAACCCGUAAAAGUAACACAUUAAAGGUACAAAAAUGUCAUAUAUGAUGGAAAAGUCAUUGUGAUGAAAACAGACUUCGUUGACUAUAAACUCAUUUGCUUCACACUUCAUGAGACAAGCUGAAUAUAGUUAAUUAAUGAUAGCUGUUCGAUUUGUCCGAAUAACGAAUGAGAAAAGAAGCAGUUUCUAGCCUUCUUACCAAAUCCAGACCGCUGGCUGACUUUUCUUUCAUAGAAGAUGGAGUUACUUUCCAGUUUCCCAAAUUAAAUUUAUUUAGCCUGUAUAUUAUUUUGUUUUAAAGAUACAGAUAUCCAACAAGAGCCAUAGCCAGCCUUCAGUUACAACCACUCUACCCCAUACUUGUUAUUGUUAUUUCUACAGAAUUUAAUGGGGACAAUACUUUUCAAAACUGUCAUCAAUUCACUGGCUCUGAUUUCCUACACAAUCUGGCAGCACCCUCCUGCACCCCCGUUCUCAGUGAUGGCCAUGGAGCCAAGGACACCAGGGUGAACUACCUUUGCUUUACAGGUGAUUCCUGAUGUCCCAAGUACCUCUCCUACCUGCUUGGCUAAUCUGAUUUUGCUAGUUCCAUACAUACACAAUUAGUUUAGAAGUAGCCAUCACAAUGGACCAUGUAUAUUUGUGGUGAGAGCUAAAAACCGACACAGACUUCUAGAAGAUUUGUGCAUAUGAUUCUUAAUCCAAUUGUAUAGAUUGAAUAUUUGAGUGGAAGGGAUUUCCACCCUCUUUAAAUGAUGGGAUUCUAUUGAGCUAGCACUCCCUUUGAUCAUGACCUUUUUGGUAGUGUUUGUAAACAAAAUUCCACAGAGACUAAAUCUUAGAGAUAAUCCUCCAUUCCAAUUUUAACCAAUUCUGUCCUCUUUCCAAACCCCAAUUCCCAUGCAUGCUUUCUCAGUCUUGUGGUGGGACUGGAUACAGUGACCGACCCCUCACCCCAAACACCAUUUCCCAUGGAAUUCAAAAGAAAAAAAAUUUUUUCUUAUCGUUACAUAUCAUAGUGAAUGGUUUCCCCAGUGUAUAUGGAUGUUUUAAGUGUUUCCAAUAGCUUAUGAAAUUUAGGAGCUUUCUAAUACUUAUUUUAUAAAUUUAAUUAUUUGCUAAUGAAAAUUUUACCACCUUCCAAUUCUGUUACCAAACUCAGCUCCUGAGAGCGAAACUACAAUUCUGGAGUUGCUUUUCUUGCCUCUUCUGUCACCUGUCACAAGAGGUUCCUGCUUGGCAAUGGUAUUUGUGAGUUGGAAUAAUGACUUUUCUUUCUUUUUUCCUUUUGUACUUCAUAUUUAGGAGAAAAGAUUCUGUUUCCAUGUGAAAGGAACUGUAAGCUUUUAUCAUUUAACCAGCUGAACAACACAUCAAAAGCAGCCUAGGGAUGAGCAACGCUUUGAUAGCAAUUAGGUUUUCUUCACCUGGUGUUAAAACUAUUCACUAUUUCAAAACAAAACAAAAACUGUGACUUUAUGAAUUCAUUUCAAAGGCAGCAUCAAAAACUGAAAAGGAAGGAAAACAGCAACAGCUAAGAAUCGGCUUCUCCGCAGUGUGGAGCUCCCCAAAACAGGAGCCCUGGAGAAGUGGCUCUGCUCAGCUGCCCUCACCCCAGCGAUGGUUCCGAGUCUUGUUUUCCUGCACUGCAGGCAGCGUACAGUCCCGGGCCGGCUGUGGAGAAGCAGCUCACUCCUCUCUCUUGUUCUGAAUGGUGUUUGUGUCGGUCUGCAGCUGUGUAUGGUAUUAUGUCUUAUAAUCCUGCAUCACUUCCAUCCUAUCCAGUCAUAUCUAAUGUAGAAAAAUUAGUUUCCAGUGAAAGUAAUAUGUAGUGCUUUUAUGAUAUUUGUGUGCAAUAUCCCCUCUUCCAUUGAGGAUAUUUGAUGUAAAGGAAAAAAAAAAAAAAAAAAAAAAAAACAACAAAAAAACAGAAACUCAGUUCCACAAUAAAAUACAAAGUGGCAAAAGU